UAUUUUGACGUCUUGUAUUUUACUUAAACAAAAAAUAUAUUAUUUAUCCUAAGAGUACAUCAAAAUUUUCAAAGUAUUUAUAAAUACAGUUUUACAAAUUAUCUAGUGAUCCGACUCGAAGGACCUACUAUUUGAAUAAAAAAUUGAAUUAAAUUUGCCUCGAACAAACGAUCCAGUGAUAUCAUUGCAAAGUCAGAAGACCAUAUGUUAGGAUGAAAGCAAGUCUGGCGAUGCAGGCGAGCGCCUGGACGAAGUUUAAGCUGCUCAUGUGGAAGAACUUCAUGCACCAAUGGCGACACAAGAAACAGACCCUCAUAGAGUUAGUUUUGCCGGUCGCCACGAUGGCGCUGGUGUUGAUACUACGCCAACAGAUAGAACCAGUGGUACAAGACACCAAAAUAUAUCCGCCGAUUAGAGCGCAUACGCUUAAUUAUUCUUUACCAGUAUUGAUCGGAAUGAACAUUACCCAGUUAUCAUUCGCGUAUUCACCGGAGAACCCCAUGUUAGACGAUGUUGUAAGGAGCGCUGUGGUCAAUUUGUUAAUAUUAAACAUAAGAGAUUUAUUACCGACUCUUUUCCCGGACCUUGCCGACGUCGAGUUACGGCCAAAAAACUUAAACAGGACAGUUAUUUUUGAAUUGCUCAAGAUAUUUGUAAAAGUCAAAGCUUACAAUAGUAGUGCAGAAUUAGAAGGAAUUUAUGGACAAGAGGAGGAAACGCAAAAAGUAUUAGCUGCGAUAGAGUUUGAUGACAAUCUGAAAGAUGCAACUGAAUUGCCAAUAAAUAUAUCGUACGCGUUACGAUUUCCCGAAAGGCCUCGACUGAAUUCAUUCUACCUACAAGGAGGUCGUACAUGGCGGACAGAUGCCAUUUUCCCGGUCUUUGAAUUACCGGGACCAAGAUUUCCUUAUUCUUGGGAAGGAGGCAAUGAUCCUGGAUACGUAAAUGAAAUUUUCAUAGCACUGCAACAUGCUGUAUCGAUGGAACUCAUUUCAAGAAUGACCGGGAAUAAUCUACGUCGGUUCACAGUAAAUUUACAAAGAUACCCACAUCCGCCAUACGUCGAGGAUCUAGUUAUAGAAGCUAUGCAAUUAUUAUUUCCAAUGUUCGUUAUACUAAGCUUCAGCUACACAGCUGUGAACCUUGUCAGAGCGGUUACGGUGGAAAAAGAACUACAGUUAAAAGAAUCGAUGAAAAUAAUGGGUUUGCCAACUUGGUUACAUUGGACGGCGUGGUUUUGCAAACAAUUUCUUUAUUUAUUAUUUUCUACGGUACUCAUAGUCGUGCUAUUAAAGGUAAAUUGGUUUACAAAUGAGCAAGGAUUCAAUGAUUACGCCGUGUUUACCCAUACUCCUUGGACUGUUUUGUUCUUCUUCAUAACCUUAUAUUUAAGUUGCAUGAUAUUUUUCUGCUUCAUGAUUAGUGGCAUGUUUUCUAGAGGAAGCUCGGCGGCUUUGUUUGCUGGUGUACUUUGGUUCCUGAGCUACGUUCCUGCUGUUCUCCUAAGUCUAGAUUUUGAAGUGUCAACAGCAGUUCAAGUGUUAACAUGCUUUAGUAUUAACACAGCCAUGUCUUACGGAUUUCAAUUGAUGUUGGCGAAAGAAAGUACUGGCGGCAUCCAAUGGGGUCAAUUCAUGGCUUCAAACGCGGUGGAUUCUUCGCGCUUCGUGUUCGGGCACGUUGUUAUCAUGUUGCUGGUCGACUGCUUGCUCUACAUGUUGAUUGCUCUGUACCUUGAGAAAAUAUUACCCGGCCAGUACGGCGUCGCGCAGCCGUGGUACUUCCCCUUCAUGCGGGACUUCUGGUGCCCCCAGCGGAAGUUAGUACCUGACGAUCAUAUCGAUGAAGAUAGUACUAUAAUAAAAGAAAAAGAUCCGCUUGGUCACGAAAUCGGAGUGAAAAUAACUAAUUUAACAAAGGUGUACGGCAACAAUAUAGCAGUAAAUAACUUAAAUUUGAACAUAUACCAAGACCAGAUUACAGUACUGUUAGGGCAUAAUGGCGCGGGGAAAUCCACCACAAUAUCUAUGAUGACCGGUAACGUAGAGGUGACGCGCGGUACAGUAUGGGUGGCGGGUUACGAUGUACGCAAGCACUUGAAUGAAGCCCGCGCUAACCUCGGCUUGUGUCCGCAACACAACGUGCUGUUCAACGAGCUCACCGUCAAAGAACACCUACAGUUCUACGCCCGUCUUAAAGGAUACACGGGGCAACAGGUCCAUGACGAAGUGGAAAUGCUUAUAAGCAAUUUGGAAAUGCAAGAUAAAUGUAACUACCAGGCGGGCGGGUUGUCGGGCGGUCAGAAGCGGCGGCUGUGCGUGGGUAUCGCACUUAGCGGCGGCGCCAGCGUGGUGCUACUCGACGAGCCCACCUCCGGUAUGGAUCCCGCUUCGCGUCGAGCGCUAUGGGAUUUAUUGCAGAAAAUGAAGAAAGGUCGUUCAAUGAUUCUGACGACGCAUUUCAUGGACGAGGCUGACAUCCUGGGCGACCGCGUGGCGAUCAUGUCGAGCGGCCGGCUGCAGUGCGUCGGCUCCCCGUACUUCCUCAAGCAGCACUACGGCGUCGGGUAUACGCUGGUCGUCGUCAAAAAAGACGAUUUCUCACCAGAAAUGUGCACGGAUAUUAUCAACAAAUAUAUACCGAAUACGUCGAUAAAAGAAGACCGUGGUACGGAAGUAACAUACGCUUUAACAAAUAAUUACUCGUAUUUAUUCGAGGAUAUGCUGAACGACCUAGAGAGCAACAUUGAGAAAAUACAGUUCAAGAAUUACGGAUUGGUUGCUACCACAUUGGAAGAUGUCUUCAUGUCUGUGGGGUCUGACGUAGAGCUUCAAUCAGAUAUGGACGACACUGCGACCGUGUGCACCUCGACUAGUGGCAUUGAAGAUAUUCUGAGGUACGAGUGGGGGACGGCUUCUACGGACCAAUUGGAUAAACAAGAGGAGAACUUGAGCGGUCACCGGCUGACGUGGCUGCACGUGGUGGGUGUGUGGCAGAAGCUGUGGAUCGACGAUUAUUACAUGGAACAAAUGGAAAAUUCACUAACCCGAGGCUACAUCCGCAAUCGUAUGCUGAUCGGCGCAUCAUUCACCGACGACUCGGCCACAGCGUGGUUCAGCAACUUCGGCUACCACGACGUGGCCACCUCGCUCGCCACUGUGCACUCCGCCAUGCUGAAGGCGUGGAAUGCCACCGCCAAUAUCAAUGUCUUCAAUCAUCCUCUUAGAGCUGUCUACAGAGAUCAAGGAAACUUACAAUUAAUGAUAACUCUAUUAUCGAUGCAAGUUGCUAGCAGUGUCGGUAACAGCUUGGGAAUAAUAAGUGCUGCUUUCGUUAUGUUCUACGUUAAGGAGCGCGUAUUGCGCGCCAAGCUGCUGCAGAAGGCGGCCGGCGUGCGGCCCGCAGUGCUGUGGGGCGCUGCCGCGGUCUUCGACUGGUUCUGGUACCUUCUCAUAGCCGUCACCAUUAUCAUCUCCUGCGCCGCUUUCAAUGUCAUCGGACUCUCUACUACUACGGAAUUAGGACGUUUAUACUUCUGUUUGAUGAUCUACGGUGCGGCCAUGUUGCCGAUGCAUUAUCUUCUUUCGCACGUGUUUUCUGGACCAGCGCUGGGUUUCGUGAUUAUGUUCUUUGUAAAUGUGUUAUUCGGAAUGAUGGGAUCUCAGAUUGUUCAAGCGUUGGCCUCACCACAGCUAGACACGAAAGAAGUGGCUGAUAUUAUGGAUAAAGUUUUACAAUUUUUCCCCUUGUAUAGUCUUGUCACGUCCGUCAGGAGUUUGAAUCAAAUAGGUCUGACGGAGUACACUUGUAUGCAGAGCUGCGACUACUUGGCCGCCGUUUUGCCAAAUAUGAGAGAAUGCACGAUGGAGAUUCUGUGCGAAUCCUUCUCUGAAUCAUGUUGCGUUCGUGAACAUCCGUACUUCGAAUGGGAGGAGCCGGGAAUACUGCGGUACCUCGUGUUUAUGUUAAUCUCCGGUAUUGUCUUUUGGAUUCUGCUAAUGACUAUUGAAUACAAAUUAAUACAAAAGGUAAAAUACUACGGGAAACAUCUGGCUGUGGAUCAAGUUUCCUUUAGCGUAAGUGACGGUGAAUGUUUCGGGCUGCUCGGUGUGAACGGCGCGGGCAAGACCAGUACGUUCAAAAUGUUGAUGGGCGAUGAGGCCAUCUCUAGCGGCGAAGCUUAUGUUAGCGGGUAUUCCGUUAAGAAAGACAUCACUAAAGUCUACGAGAAUAUUGGUUACUGUCCCCAGUUUGACGCAGUAUUUGGAGAGCUGACAGGUCGAGAAACAUUGCUGUUGUUCUCUCUGUUCCGCGGCUUACCCUACAAGAACUCUGACGUACGAGCAGAGUUGCUUGCGGCUUCGCUCGGCUUUACUAAACAUUUAGAUAAGAGGGUAAGAACUAAGCAUGAUACUAAACGGCGCGCGGUGCAGGCAGCGCGGCGCGCGGGCCGUGGCGUACUGCUCACCUCGCACAGCAUGGAGGAGUGCGAGGCGCUCUGCUCCAGGCUCACUAUUAUGGUCAACGGCCGCUUCAAAUGCCUCGGCACGCCCCAACAUCUCAAGAAUAAGUUCUCUGAAGGCUUCACUCUGACGAUUAAAAUGAAAAUGGAUGAAGAUGGAACACCAAAUGAGAACACUGUUGUAUCCGUGAAGAACUUUAUCAAUUGUAAUUUCACCAACCCAAAACUCAUGGAAGAGUAUCAAGGUCUACUGACGUACUACUUACCGGACAGAAGCAUGGCGUGGUCUAGAAUGUUCGGUGUCAUCGAGCGCGCCAGGCGAGAGCUGGAGGUAGAAGACUACAGCAUAUCGCAGACCACGCUCGAACAAAUAUUCCUGCAGUUCACUAAAUACCAAAGAGAAGGUAUUCAGCAAAGUUCCUUGUAAAUACCGUGUGAAGGUUUGACUGCCAUACUAAUCUCGUGUUAGGUCGUUAUAGAGAUCGUCGAUAACUUGGUCGUUAUAGAGAAUUCGGGAAUUUAUCGUAUACGGAUAAAUGACUAAUGAAAAUGAUUGGUCGACGUAAGCAAAAGUAAGGAAUAUCUCGCCCAACGAGUGCGUAAACGACCAAAGAAACUGCACCUUUAGCAGUCUGCUCACUGAAUUGUGUCGUAUGUUUCAUAUAGUUUUAUGUUAUUGUGAGUUUCCACCGCUAGAAAACAUGUUUUUAUGUCAGUUUUUACAAUGAGAGUGAAAGGGUGGACAAUAUGAGCUAUAAUAAUGUUUCCUAGAUGCAGUAGAAAUCCCUGGUUACUUCG